AUGACGACCUUUGUGGUGUCAUUAUUUCUCCCCUAUACAGUAGACUUUCAUGAGUCGAAAUCAGCGGCACCGAGCCCGAAGCCAGCUCCAGCUGUCCCUCCAAAGCUAAUAGACAUUGGGAGACAACCCUCCAAGAACAGCUUGCAAGAUGCACAACAACCACCCAGUGUCCUUAAGCGGGCGCCUCCCUCGCAUAUCAAUCUGCCUAAGACGCCUCUAGCUAUGCUGGAGCAGGACGAUUUCUUCACCCCCGCGCAACCGAGCGCAGCGACCCACUUCCCUAAGCCCCAAGACCCUCGAAGUCUGGUACGCAGCGACGCCCACAUCCCUGAGUGGGGUGGCAGUGGUCUCUUCUUCAACCAGCCACAGUCGAGAGCCGACCCCGCGCCGCCAGACACAAUUCUCGAGUACGCAAAGGCACAGGAGCGGGCGCAGAUUCUUAAGGAGCGUCAGAAGGGCCCAUUACACGUUGAGCAGAAGCCUGCAGACCCCCGCUGGGCAACAGGAUACACAGUUGUACCUGCUGUACAGGGUAAUGGUGGCUUGGCCAACGCUGUUCGUGCUGCUGUCGACAACAAAUGCCUGAAGGAUGUGCUUUCGGUCGGUCUGAUUGGUUUCCCUACCGACAGCAUCAACGAGGAGAAGAAGACCGAAAUCUACGAGAAGCUGGAGGAAGAGCACGAGGCAUUGACUGUCUACGUCAGCGAUAAGGACUUUGAUGGCCAUUACGCACACUUCUGCAAGACCAUCUUGUGGCCAGUCUUCCACUACGUUAUUCCUGACCACCCCAAGAGCAAGGCUUUUCUUGACCACUCAUGGGUGUUCUACGUCAAGGUCAACCAGGCCUUCGCCGACAAGGUUGUCAAGAACUACAAGCGCGGCGACAUCAUCUGGGUACACGACUACCACCUCUGCCUUGUUCCUCAGAUGAUUCGCCAGAAGCUGCCGGACGCACAGAUUGGCUUCUUCCUUCAUACUGCCUUCCCGUCUUCAGAAGUCUUCCGUUGCUUAGCUGCACGAAAGGAGCUGCUUGAUGGCAUGCUCGGCUCUAAUUUGGUUGCUUUCCAGACUCCCGAGUACGCACACCACUUCCUCCAGACAUGUAGCCGCAUCCUUUCUGUCGAGGCCACCGAAGACGGUGUCCAGCUCGACACCCGCUUUGUGAAUGUCUGGUCUUCACCUAUCGGUAUUGACCCUCGCGCACUUGCUCUUGCGCGCGAAGAGCCAGAGGUCCUUGAGUGGAUACAGACAAUGCAGAAGCGCUAUGAAGGCAAGAAGGUUAUUGUCGCACGUGACAAACUUGACAAUAUCCGUGGUGUACGACAGAAACUCUUGUCGUACGAGCUGUUCCUCAACAAGAACCCACAGUGGAGGGACAAGGUUGUUCUGAUUCAGGUUGCGACGUCGACAACAGAAGACCCCGAGCUGGCUGCAACAGUGUCAGAGAUCGUCACUCGUAUCGAUGCAGUACACUCGACUCUCACACACAACCCGCUCGUCUUUCUUAGGCAAGACAUCGCUUUCUCGCAGUACCUCGCCCUUCUUUCCAUCGCUGAUGCUCUUGCGAUCACAUCUCUUCGCGAGGGUAUGAACUUGACCUGCCACGAGUUCGUCAUUUGCCAGGACGGUCGAGCUAGCGACAAGAAGCACGCACCCGUCAUCCUCAGCGAGUUCACCGGCAGUGCAUCGAUCUUCGAUGGUGCCGAGCUUGCUGUCAACCCCUGGGAUUACGGCGGCAUCGCCGAAGCAUUCAAGCAUGCUCUGGAGAUGAGCGAGGAGGAGAAGGAGAGGCGCUACGCGAAGCUCCGUAACCAGGUCAUGCACCACACCGGUGACUACUGGGUCAGUAACCUCAGCGAGUACCUUGCCAAGGUCCAUGAGGAGCAGUACCGUCGCGACACUAUGUCGAUCCCUCGUCUAUCAUCCAGUAAGCUCGCCAGUACCUACGAACAGACCUCGAGACGUCUCUUCCUCCUUGACUACGAGGGCACGCUCGCUUCGUACGGUUCGGUCAACAGCACUGUCCUGACCAACACGGAGCGUGUGAUCGAUGUCCUUCGCGAGCUGUCUGCUGACAAGAAGAACGCUGUGUAUGUGAUGAGCGGCCGCACAGUCCCGGAAACCGAGCUGCUCUUCGACCGUCUGCCCAACCUGGGAAUCAUUGCUGAGAACGGCUGCUUCCUUCGCGAGCCCAACUCAGAUGAGUGGAUACAGUUCCCGAACGAGGAGAAGACGAUCAAGUGGAAGGACUCAGUCAAGCCUAUUCUUCAAUACUACCUCGAGCGUGUCGAAGGUAGCCGCGUUGAGGAGCGCCACUGCUCGCUUCUCUUUCGCUACGACAAGGCCAGCGACCCAGAUGCCUCCACUCGCCAUGCCGGUGACUGCGCGAACCACAUCAACGACGCAUGCGAGCAGCAGCGCGUUAAGGCUAUCCCCUCGCGUGAUUACGUCAUCAUCGAGCCUAUCGACUUUGACAAGUCUACUGCUGCCCAGCACGUCUUCAACAAGUACGAGGAAUCGGCCAAGCCCGACUUCUUGUUUGUCGCCGGCAACGACCGUGAUGAUGAAGUCGUGUUCAAGUGGGCCAAGAAGCUGAAGGAGGAAUGGGUUGUGCCAAACGUGCAGACUGUCACCGUCGGUGACAGGAAUUCAGUCGCACUAUCGACGCUGCCCAACGGUACCACUGGUCUCCUCGGCGUCAUGAACAAGCUCGCCAAGCUCCAGUCGUAG